AUGACUCCCGCUGAAUCAUACUACCCAACUGAACCUUCUGUACCAACUGUUUUGACAGAAACUGUUCCUGGCCAAUUCACUCUAAAAGCCAUGAGCCAAUUGGGUGAGGUAUUUGACGUAAGACCAUCGUAUUUUGUUGCAGACUUUGAAAAAUCUAUUGGUAACUACAUCGUGGAUGUGGAUGGUAACACAUACCUAGAUUUAUAUGCCCAAAUUGCAUCGAUUGCAUUGGGCUAUAACAAUCCUGCUUUAAUUGAAGUAGCUAAGUCUCCUGAGAUGAUUCGCGCCUUAGUAGAUCGUCCAGCUUUAGGUAAUUUUCCUUCUAAGGAUUUGGAAUCAAUGUUGAAACAAAUCUUAAAAUUUGCACCAAAGGGACAAGAUCAUGUUUGGUCAGGUUUAUCAGGUGCAGAUGCUAAUGAAUUGGCAUUUAAAGCUGCAUUCAUGUAUUAUAAAAAUAAACAAAGACAAGGUAAGGAUUUCACAAAAGAGGAAAAUGAAUCUGUCAUGAACAAUUUACCUCCAGGAUCUCCAGAUUUGGCUGUUCUUUCUUUCAAGAGAGCGUUCCAUGGUAGAUUGUUUGCUUCUGGCUCUGCUACUUGUUCUAAACCAAUUCAUAAAUUGGAUUUACCUGCUUUCCGUUGGCCUCAUGCUGAGUUUCCAAGUUACAAAUAUCCAUUAGGCGACAAAGCUAAUGCAGAAUUUAAUCAAAGAGAAGAUGAUCGUUGUUUGAAGAAUGUGGAAGAAUUAAUCAAAACUUGGCCGAUUCCUGUUGCUGCAUUGUUGAUUGAACCAAUUCAAUCAGAAGGUGGUGACAAUCAUGCAUCUAAGUAUUUCUUACAAGGUUUAAGAGAUUUGACUUUGAAGUAUAAUGUUGUUUAUAUUAUUGACGAAGUUCAAACUGGUGUUGGUUCCACUGGUAAGUUUUGGUGUCAUGAAUAUGCUGAUAUUACACCUCCAGUUGAUUUGGUUACUUUUUCAAAGAAAUUCCAAAGUGCUGGUUAUUUUUUCCAUGAUCCUGCGUUUAUUCCAAGUGCCCCAUAUAGACAAUUCAAUACUUGGUGUGGUGAACCUGCAAGAAUGUUAAUUGCAGGUGCCAUUGGUGAAGAGAUUGUGAAGAAUGAUUUGUUAAGCCAAUGUUCUAGAGUUGGUGCUUAUAUGUUUAAGAAACUAGAAGGAUUACAGAAGGAACAUCCUACUUUAUUUCAUAAUUUAAGAGGUAAAGACAGAGGAACAUUUAUUGCUUGGGACUUGCCAUCAUCUGAACAAAGAGAUCUAUUAUUGAAGACACUCAGAGCUAAUGGUUGUAAUGUCGGAGGUUGUUCAACGAACGCUGUCAGAUUAAGACCAUCUUUGACAUUUGAAGAGAAACAUUGUGAUAUAUUCAUUAAUGUUUUGGCCAAAUCAAUCGCGCAAGUCUUGGUCUAG